ACAGAAUUGACAGAUGAAGACGGAAUCUGUUUUAUUUGCAUUGUUUUGUGUACAAUAUUGAUAAUAAUUAUUAUUGCAAAUUAAUUUUAAUCAGCAUCACUAUACUGUACUACACUACAAUCAGUUUAUACACGUGCAAUGACCGAUCCUACUUUAAUUGAUACAUCUUUCAAGUUUAAUUAAACAAAAUGGUUAAAGAAUAUACAACUACUCGUGCAUGUAGAUGAAAAGUAUUUCAAAUAAUGGAAAGAAGUAAAAGACAAAGGGGAGUCUAUGUAACUGCUAAACAGAAGAAGAAGCUAAUAGAAUUAAUGACAAAACACCCUGAGUUGAUAUCUUGCAGAGUUACACAGGAUUUCAACUACAGUGACUCCCAACAACUGUGGCAUAGUAUCGCUAAUGAAUGCAACUCCAUACCCGGCGCAAGAAAGUCUUGGAGGCAGUGGAGAAAAACUUGGCAAGAUUUACGAUCAAAAACAAAGAAACGGCAAGCUGACACAAAUGGUGAACUGCCAAACUCAGUAGUCAUGCUAACACCAGCAGAGCAGGAAGUUUUGGGUCUAAAGAAUGUAUCUUCAACAACCAAUCAGACUCCGGAAUUCAUACCUCUCGAGGAACACAACAACCAGGAUAGCUUUGACAAUGUCAAUGAAUCUACUGCUUCAUACAGCGAUGCAGACUCAGCACCUGAAGAAAAAGUAUUCUCUGAACCUCCUGAAGUAAAAACGAAACAUAAAAAUAACACAAAACAAAAUACUAAACACACAAACAACUGUGCUUUCAAUUGUGAUUUGUUAGCGGUACAGGAACAACGAAAGAUACAGAUUAAAGAGGACUAUUUAAACUUUAAGAAGGACUAUUUAAGACAGAAAUUAGCUCUGAUGAAAGAACAGACAGAGGCUUUGAAAAGUAUUGCUAAAGAACUUUGUAUGAAUAAAUGAAUGAGCAUGGGAAGGGUGGGAAGAUAGAUUAUCUAUGAACUAAACAGCUGGCAGUAUGGAACACAGCUUUCCUAUUGGAAGAUUCUAUUCUAUUCUGCAAUACCCACACAAAAAUGAAUAGAGUGAUGAAAACAUGGAUCAGUAAAUAAAUGUGGAGAAUAACUGGAGAUAAAUAUAGGAAUGUGAUAAAUUUUAAUUUUAUACUUUUAACUAGUCAAGCAAUAAUCAUCAUUUUUUUGUACAUGAAUCUCAAGUACAAUAUUUUUUUAAACUAUAGGUACUUACUUUAUUUUAAAAUUGAUUGAUUUAUUUUUAUGGGAAAUAAUAUUUUAAUAAUUUUAGAUGACAAUGCAGUUUGUAAAUGAGAUUUUUUUAUACUCCUGCGAUUGCUUGAGCAAAAUAGGACAAGUAAUAAAACAUUAUUGCUCAGUACUUUAAUUUAGGCUGUAUUUAUAUUGUCUUGCCAUAACAUGUAUUAAACAUUAUCUAUGAAAUGAUAAA